GCGGAAGUUCGGGGGGUGGGCCGCUCUGGCUCUGGGGAGCUCAGCGGAAGUGCAGCGGUAGGCCGCUCUGGCCCUCCGGAGGAAUUGUCGGUGACCCUGGCUCUUCAAGGUUCUGGUCGGCGGUGGGCGGGUCUGAGAAGUGCAGGUGGAGUUGCUACGUUCUGCUAAUUCAUCUCUAGGGUUUUAGGCCAUGGGGCAGCAGUUUGUGUGGCGGCUCCAGUCGAGGUUCAGCUCAAUCAGAAGAGCCAGUGUUAUUCUGCAACAUCUGAGAAUGUCCAAGCACACAGAAACUGCAGAAGUGCUGCUGGAGAGGAGAGGCUGUGCAGGGGUCAUAACGCUCAACAGACCCAAGCUACUCAACGCUCUGACUCUGAACAUGAUCCGGCAGAUCUAUCCGCAGCUAAAGAAGUGGGAACGAGACCCAGAUACAUUCCUGAUCAUCAUAAAGGGAGCUGGAGGAAAGGCCUUCUGUGCUGGAGGGGACAUCAAAGCACUCUCAGAAGCUAAAAAAGCAGGGCAGACUUUGAGUCAAGAUUUAUUCAGAGAAGAAUAUAUCCUGAACAAUGCCAUUGCGUCUUGUCAGAAACCGUAUGUUGCCCUUAUUGAUGGAAUCACAAUGGGUGGGGGAGUUGGUCUUUCAGUCCAUGGUCAAUUCCGAGUGGCUACAGAAAGAUCUCUCUUUGCUAUGCCAGAAACGGGAAUAGGACUAUUUCCUGAUGUGGGUGGAGGUUAUUUCUUGCCAAGACUUCAAGGAAAACUGGGUUACUUCCUUGCACUGACAGGAUUCAGACUAAAAGGAAGAGAUGUGCAUAGAGCGGGAAUCGCCACACACUUUGUAGAUUCAGAAAAGUUGCAUGUACUGGAGGAGGAGUUGUUAGCCUUGAAGUCCCCUUCAGCUGAGGAUGUUGCUGGUGUCUUAGAAAGCUAUCAUGCCAAGUCCAAGAUGGGUCAAGACAAGUCUAUCAUAUUUGAGGAACACAUGGACAAAAUAAACAGUUGUUUUUCAGCCAAUACUGUGGAACAGAUUCUUGAAAACUUACGGCAAGAUGGUUCACCUUUUGCUAUGGAACAGAUUAAGGUUAUUAAUAAAAUAUCUCCGGCGUCACUAAAGAUCACUAAGGCAGCUCAUGGAGGGGCUCUUCAAAAGACCUUACAAGAAGUGCUGACCAUGGAGUACCGGCUAACUCAGGCGUGCAUGGAGGGAGACAGUGGCAGCCAGACACUUGAAGGGGAAAGAGAUUCUGUGGAAGAUGUCCCAGAACCAGUCUUUAGUGACACACUGGCUGAAAAGAUACAAGCUUUAGUUCUCAUUGACAAAGACCAGACUCCAAAAUGGAAACCAAUGAUCUAA